AGGUCGUUUAUCAAGAGGAACAUCAGAAUAUAAAGACACUCUGUCAUGGAGGAGUUUUGGCUCUGGAAUUACAGAAAAAAGAAGAAAAUUAAUUAGAAAAUGUAUCAAAAAGCCUUUAAAAUGCAUUAUUUACUCCUCAGUUUCUCAGAAAAAGCGGGGUUUUACGUUAAUGCACAAUUUUCUGCUGAUGUUCGAUUAAUUUUGGCUGUUUCAUGUGCAAAAUUUCUGUCUUUUUUUAUUAUUAGCUUCUACCUGCAAUAGAGAAAGGUGCUAUCAUGCAUUUAUUAGGAUCUUUGUCACAUUUCACCCAAUUAAACAGAAUUAAUCACUGGAUUUCUUUGUGCUAAAGUCUUAAAUUACGCCUAAAGAAGUUGUUUAUUGCAUAUUUAAAUGUGAAUAUUUAAGGUUAUAGGAGACUAUUUGAUACAAAAAAGUUUUAAGACACUUUAGCGCCCAAUACUAGUUUUUGGGGGCAUUUUGUUUACACAUUUAUUCACAAUUUAUAUUAAAUUUCUAAUUUUAUGAUACUUGUUAGAGUCACCUGCAACAUUGUUUUUUGUUUUUUUUUGCUAUCAGAGAUGCAUUAUGGUAGCAUGGAGUCACUGUUGAAAGUGCGAAUAGAUUUAAAAGUCAAUAAUUAGUAACAUUUGGGAUAAACUAAAUAGAUUUUUAUUCUGUACUGGAACUGAUGCAAACUCGUGGCUGACUGGAAGUUUAAAAACACUUUAAAAUAUCUAUAAAUUGUGAUAGGUUUUGUGAAGAUCUGCCACCAAGUUUUUAAAAUUCAUGACAAAAGCUUGAACUUUUUGACCAAUAGUGCCUUUAAUGAUGCAGCUUUUAGCAGUUGGUCAAUUAUCAGAUCUGAUGUUUAGCAACUUUAUAAUUUUUACUGAUUCUCAAUGAAAUAAACAAAAGAAAUGCACACAUUCACAGCUCAAUUAACAACCAAUGAGUACAAAUGCAUGUCAGUUCUAAAUAUCUGCCCUGAAUAAACAUAUGGAUCGACACAUUUACAGUUAAACAUGUAUAAACUUUACUUUAUAAAUGCCUUAAAUGAGUCUUUUUUUCUCUAUCAUUUAUAUUUAAGUCCUUUUCUGUUCCUCUUUCUUUCAGGUGCUGUGUGUGUUGAAGUGAAACCACCAACAAACUCCAAAACUAUCUCCACACGUUGAUCUAAAGCCACCAGUUCAGUCCAACAAACUAUUCUUUCUGUCCUGAAGAAGACAAAACCAAAGCGUUAGUGCUACUUAUUGCAAAUUGAACGAUGGCCCCAAAGAAGAAGGCCUCCCGUCCAAAGAAGGCUGCCGUGGAAACCAUGUCUCAGGUCGCCAUGGAGACAGUCGCCGCCCCUCUGAAGGUGGAGAGCCGCGGCGACGGUGUGGUGGUGAUGGAGAGCGGUGUGAAGAAGAUCGAGCAGAUGGCGGCGCUGGACAUCGCCCAGCUGAACAGCCUCAACCUGCCCCUGCCGCCGCCCGUCAUCAAGCCCGGGGAGAGAGGCCUCGGCCUGGGCAGCGAGCUCACCAGACCACUGCAUGGAAACUCACUGCUGGAGGAGCUCAGCAAGAUGCGCCAGGAGAAGUUCCUGACUGAUCUGGAGUUGGCCUGUAAGACGAAGGCCUUCGACGUCCACAAACUGGUCAUUUCCUCCGUCAGUCAGUACUUCAGAGAGAUUCUGGCCAAAGAUCCUAGCAUGAAGCGUCUGGAGCUGCCCUCCCUCUCACCUCUGGGUCUAGCCAACGUCAUCACCUUCGCCUACCUGGGUCGUGUCCACAUGUCCCUCUACACCAUCGGCUGCACCGUCUCGGCCGCCGCCACCCUGCAGAUCCCUCAGCUGCUCAAGAUGUGCAUGGACUUCCUGCUGGCCGAGCUCAACGUCCAGACCUGCGUCUACAUCUGGAACAUCGCCGCAGCCUACGGCCUGCUGCCCGUCUGCGACGCCGCCCGGCGCUUCGUCCUGGAGAACUUCAUUCAGUUCGCCGAGACGCCGCUGUUCACCCAGCUGACCCUGGAGCAGAUCUCAGCCUUCCUGCAGGACGACUCGCUGGUGCUGCCUUCAGAGGUCACAGCCUUCCAGCUCGCCAUGAAGUGGCUCGACUUUGACGCCACUCGCCAGGUUCACUCCGCCGAGCUUCUGGCCCAUGUUCGCUUCGAGACCAUCCCGGCCAGCGAGCUGGUGAGUCAGAUCCAGCCGGUUCCCCGCAUGAUGCUGGACCCUCAGUGCCACAGGCUGCUGGUGGACGCCAUGAACUACCACCUGCUGCCCUACCAGCAGAACACCCUGCAGUCCCGCCGUACGCAGGUCCGAGCCGCCCAGCAGACUCUGCUAACCAUCGGAGGACGUCCAUCGCUCACCGAGAGAGCUCUGAGCCGCGAGGUGCUGUGGAGGGACCCUCGCGAUGGAGGAGCCUCCUGGCGCCACCUAACCCAGCUACCCGCUAAGAGCUUCAACCAGUGUGUGGCUGUGAUGGACGGAUUCCUGUAUGUGGCUGGGGGAGAAGACCAGAACGACGCCCGCAACCAGGCCAAACAUGCCGUCAGCAACCUGAGCAGGUAUGACCCUCGCUUCAACACCUGGCUGCACCUGGCCAACAUGCGUCAGCGUCGUACUCACUUUUCUCUGGCUGCCAGCGGAGGUCGCCUGUUCGCCAUCGGCGGCCGUAAUGUGGAGGGUCUGCUGGCCACCACGGAGAGCUACCUGCCCUCCUCCAACACCUGGCAGAUGCGUACGCCCAUGGAGGCGCCUCGCUGCUGUCACUCCAGCGCCACGCUGCCCUCUGGUGACAUCCUGGUGACCGGCGGCUACAUCAACUGUGCCUACUCCCGCUCUGUUUCCUGCUACAACGUGGACACCGACACCUGGACCGAGAAGGCCCCCAUGGAGACCCCUCGUGGCUGGCACUGCUCCGCCACCCUGGGAGGGAAGGUGUACGUGGUGGGAGGAAGCCAGCUGGGGCCCGGUGGAGAGAGGGUGGAUGUGCUCUCAGUGGAGAUCUUCUCUCCAGAAAGUGGAUCGUGGAGCCGAGCCGCCCCACUGCCCCUCGGGGUCAGCACCGCCGGUCUGUCGCCGUUGGCUGAGAAGCUCUACCUGCUGGGAGGCUGGAACGAGGCAGAGAAGCGCUACAAGGCUGCGGUGCAGAAGUACGACCCGGCCACCGACAGCUGGUCCAUGGCUGAAGAUCUGCCUGAACCCACUGUGGGAGUCUCCUGCUGUGCCUUGAACCUGCCGCCUCGCCACGCACCACGCCGGCAACACCGCAACACCCCGGGCCACGAAGAGCAGCAGCAGGCCGGGAAGAACCGCAGCAGAGAGAACAGCGAGGCUCCAUCACAAACCACCACUGCGUAGACAGGAGGAACGCUCAACCUCAGGACAACAUCUGGAUCAUGUCUGACAUCUUUUCUGUUUAGCACAUGUGGAAAAGUCUAAUUAUUUAACACCUAGAAGGAGUUUUUUCAUGAACUUUAGGCACAUAUAGUUAGUGUAAACAGUAUAAAGGUGCAAGACACGGAAAAUAAACAUCAGCAAGGCUACAAUAACCAUAAUAAAGGAUUUUUAUUUAAUAAGAUGGUGUUUUAGAGGCUAAAAAUGACUUAUAGUGAUGAAAACAGUCAGUUGAAGCCAGAAAAUGUUACUUCUGUCAAACAGACAACUAAAGUUAAAUGCUGAAACAGAAGUUUAGUAUCAUUAAUGACCAGAUUCUAGGAGCAAAACAUUUCAGUGUUCUGAACUGAAAAGGAGAAUUUUUAUGGCAGAUUAAUUCAGAAAUCUUUUCAUCUUAUUUCAGAAGUUACAGUUUCAUAUUUAAUUCCAAACAUUGACUCUAUUUCGAACAAGCUUUGCUCCUGAACUUGUCCGAUUUGAUGGUUUCCAGCAAAAUUAAAAUCAGAGGAUAACUAAAGUUGCAACCAGCUGCAGAUGCACAAAUAUCUGUGUUGGUGCUAGGAAAGAGAAAAGAGCCUGCAUGGUCCAAAGUGGAGAUUUAAGGAUGAGUUAGAUCGGAGGAGAUAAAGGUGGAUGAAAAGCAGAGUCGAGCAGGUAGAAGACGAAGGAAGGAACGAAGGGAACAGAGGCUUAAUCUGUGCUGGAGGUGGUUCGGUUUGACGUCACUGUGAAUCCGCUGGCAGUUUGUGUACAAAGAUGUAACUAAACAGAGUGUGUGGCUGUAUAAAAAAAAAAAAACGAGCGUGCAUGUAUGUGUGUGUGUGUGUGUGCACGAGUGAAUGAUGACAUGGUGGAGCGUGUGGAAGCUACAGGAACAAAUGAGCCCAAAAAAUGCAAUAAAGACAAUUUCUCACCAGCAAACUUGAAAUAAUUCUCAUAAGAGGACGGAGGUAGGCCAGCAGGAAACAAAACUGUUUCAUGAUUUAUUUAUUUAAGGGAAGUAGUGUAGCGCAAAUGUGAAGAAAAUAAUAAAAAAAUGUAGAUGUAGUGAUCAAAAAUAAACAUUUUAUAAGUGAAAUGGCGAGAGAGGAACAAAUAAAUGAAUAAAAACAAAGCACGUUGACUUCAAUAACUAAGCUUCCCAAGAAAUUAAAAAGAGAGAAAAGAAAAAUGAAAUAAAUAAAAAUCUGAAAAAAUCUAAAAACAAAUCCAACAAAUAAAGAAGAAAAAAACAUCCCAUUUUUAUUGUAAUGAAUACAAAAGCAGAACCAGACAGAUGUGAGCAGUUUAAAUAUCUGUGGAGAGUUAAUUAUAAAUAUAACGAGAUAGAAAAAGCUUCUCUGAUUGGCUGAGUCUCUGUAUUUGUGUCGGCUCUGGAUGAGCUGCUGGUUUCUGUGGAGUUUCACUGAAUAAAGAUAAUCUGAUCCAAA